UGUGGGCAUGCGCACUGAUUGUUUUGGUUCGUAAAGGAAUUUCGCGUACGCGCAUUUUACAAACACACACAGAUUUUUGCUCUUUUCACACAAUUAUUUACGAUGCCAAUCAUUGAGAACGAAAUCCCCGAUACGGAGGAGGACGAUAUGGAACACGAAUCUGCAGACGGCGACCACAGCUCGGAUGAAGACUCGGAGGGAGAGGGGUCCGCUGACAGCAGUGAUAUUGAAUUGGAUGAAGAAGAAUGUGCCAGAAGAAGAAAUGAAUGUGUUGACGACAUGAUCGAGUUGGAGAGGCAGUUCUCAGAAAUAAGAGAACAGUUAUACAAAGAACGAUUGGCGCAGAUUGAUUCCAAGUUAGAAGAAAUGGCAGAUGGAAGGUCGACGGAAUACCUCGACAGACUCAGUCAGCUACAGGAACAAAUGCACGUUCGCACACAGGUUGCAGGCAUUUUGAAAGAAUUGCGAAUCAAAGCUUGUCAGCUAAAGCAUGAAAGUGAAGAGCUUGCAGCGAAUCAACACAUGAGAAGUGAAAAGGUUUUGCUAUUUGAUUCUAUAAAAUCUGAACUUGAAGAGAAAAUCAGGCGCUUGGAAGAAGAUAGACACAAUAUUGAUAUAUCAUCAGACCUAUGGAACGAAUCUCAGUCACUGAAACGGAAUCACAAAAGAAAAACAACAGACCAGUUCAACCCAGAUAGACGACGUAAACCGGUCACAGUAACUGGGCCCUAUAUUGUAUAUAUGCUGAAGGAUGUAGAUAUCAUAGACGAUUGGACAGCGAUAAAAAAGGCCUUGAAGCAGCAGCAACAGGAGCAGCAUUUUCAAAAACGUCGCCAAGAAUACAAACAAACAAUACAAGUGAGAUGAAACUACAAAGUGUGAGUUGAGCCAUGAAUGUGAACCUCAGAUGAAGCCAGUGCUAUAUGAUCCUUACAAAAUGUUUUAUUAAUUACAAUUUGCAUCAUUCAUAACACACAAUUAUUUUACAAAUGAUUUAGGGUUGUUAUGACAAUGUUCUCAGAAGAUCUUGCCAUGUGAGGUGUGCUGCUAGUGUGGGUCACUAAACAACAGUUCAUUUUCCUCAUAGACGAUCGGCAGAUCACACAUACCCAGGGGCAAUAGCUAAUUCGGACGAAUACAUGGUAUUAAGCACAGUGUUGUCAGUCAUUUCACAACAUAAAAUGUCAGUAUGAAAUUAGUAUUGCCCCAAACAAAUAUGAACAUAGUUUAUUCCUUUGAUGUGUAUGAUUUCAAACGGUUGCCCGGUUAUACACUUGGUGGGUAUUGCUAAUUUAUUCUCUGGCAGAUAUAGGUAGUAUAAGUUAUAAAUUAUGUUAAAAAAGGUCUUGAUUGUUUUGUUAUAGAUCAUGUUUCAAUAUACCGUUAGUCAUAUGUGAUUUUUAUAAAAUUACACCUUGUCUGUCAAUAUAUGAUACAAAGACAUGUUUACAGUUGUGACUGUUAUGACAUAAUGAGGUCAUGUUCAGAAAUCAUGGUCAUUUCUUUACCAAGAUGACAAGUUGCUAUAUCAGUAUUUAUUGAAAGACAUUUAAUGAUGUUUAAUAAUUGAGAUGAGUUCUGAGAAAACUGGGCUUAAUGCAUGUGCGUAAAGUGUCGUCCCAGAUUAGUCUGUGCAGUCCGCACAGGCUUAUGAGGGACGACACUUUCUGCUGUUAUGGUAUUUUAGGAAGUCUCUUCUACACGAAAAUCCAGUUAAGGCGGAAAGUGUCGUCCCUGAUUAGCCUGUGCGGACUCUGGGAUGACACUUAACACACAUGCAUUAAGCGCAGUUUUCUCAGAACGCGACUCAAUUUGUUACAUACUAGAAUGGAAUUGAGAAAAGGCCCUUGUUUACUUCCAAAUAAUUAUGUAAAUUAUUACCUUUUAUAGCUUUGUUUUGUAUACCUAGAAGUAGGGAUGGCAACAAAUAGCAAAAUAGGUAUUCAGAUAUCGGACCAUUAAAGUACUUGAAUGUUUGAUUAUCCAGUAAUCAAAAUAUAUUAGCAAGAACUGAAAUUUUAUACAACAAUGUAUUAUAAACAAAGCAGCUACAUUAAAGUGUAGCUAUUUACACGCCUAUACAGUAUAAUAUAUUAUUCACUAAAGAAAUCCAAAAGUUGACAUUCUAAUUUCUAACAGACAUAUUUCAUCAUGGAAUUUAUUCCAUAUGGUUGUUGAAAUAACUUAAAAUUGUCAGCUUUUCAACAUGCAGGGAUUUAAAAACAGUGGUUUAUUUGUUCACACUUUCAAAAAGUUAUUCCUGAUUGUUGCAGAAAAGCUUGUUUAAUUGAAAUAAAUAGUGUAUUAUGGGUCUGAUAAAAGCACACAGUACUACAUGUUUUUUUUAAUUAUAGCAUUACAUGUAUCAAUAACAGCAAAAUUUCAACACAUAUGUGUCUUGUUCUGAUAAAACUGGGCAUAAUGCAUGUGCUUAAAGUGUCGUCCCAGAUAAGCCUGUGCAGUCUGCAUAGGCUAAUCAGGGACGACACUUUCCGCUUUUACUAGAUUUUGGGUAAAAAAGGACUUCCUUUAAACAAAAAAUACCAUUAAAGCUGAAAGUGUCGUCCCUGAUUAGCCUGUGCGAACUGCACAGGCUAAUCUGGGACGACACUUUACGCAUAUGCAUUAUGCCCAGUUUUAUCAGAACAUGACACAUAUACUCAACAGCAGGCUGAACUAUUGUGACACCUAUCCUGGUGUUAUUGAGAGCCAUAGUCAUAUUUGAGUUAAAACAAUCAGAGACUUUUAGUUGCAAUUCAUGUUCUUCAUAUAGUUACAUGUAUAAGAAAAAUAAAGAUAAAUAUAUUAUUGUAAUGUUGCCAUCCCUGUAAUAAAGAUGUAUGCACCAUAGGAUUUUUUUCCAUUUUGGUAUGAACCAUAGUUUUAUUGUACCGUAUGUCUAUUAAGAAAUAAACAUAUACAUACAAA